UUCUCCAGGGCUGAGGUCACCCUUUGUGUCAGUAGCAGUCUGUUCUUGUUCCUUUCAGUCCUGGCAAGAAAAAGCAGGAAUUCUAAAAAGCGGCAAUUAUCACUCCUGGUUCCUUUGUACAGCACCCCGUGAAUAAUUUAUUUGGAUUCGAGGGGCUGGAGACUGAAAAACAUAUUGGACCUCGCGGUAACCAGGUGGAUCUUGUGUUCAGAACUUGAAUGCAGCGGGAAAGAGAAAUGUGCCUUUGAAAUCAGAGAAGAUUUUGAGCACCUGAGAACACAGGUGGAAGUGCUGGAGCCGGGCAGACAGCAACCAGAAGGAGUAUUUUUAUAGCACAUAAAGGUCACCCUCGAGGUUCCCACGUGCAAAUCCUAUAUUCUUUGCAGCUGGGGUUUGAGAACAACUAGGUCUGGAGCUGGAAAACUCCGGGAGAGGUCGAGCCCAGGCACUUCCCAAGUGCCUCCUGCUGCACUCGAUACCUGGAUUAAACAAAGAAAAUUGUGUUUGCCAGGCGCGCUCGCUGAAGUCACAGGAUUCCCGUAUCAUGCAGCAGUCUGGAAUUUCUACAAAAACUCUUCAGAAGGGGUAUGCUGCCCGCCACGCGGAAACAGCCGUCCACCGGACUUUUCAGAUCAAAACGUUUAGUACAGAGUUGAAAAACCAUGUGAUGGUCAUGGAUUUUGUGAAGAGGAACUGGUUUCCCUCCCAGAGAAGAGCCAAAGUUUGUAUCAUCCAUAUGUAUCAAGGCCUGAAGACAGCUGAGCAGACAGCCAGCAGAUACGAGGGGACUCUGGCAUCUCAGAACACAAAAAUGAUUUCAUCCAUAGUCAUUUCACAGCUGAUUGAUGAGAAUAAAUCAAAAGAAAAUGGGGCCGAGUUGCCUGUGCCGUGUGCGUAUCCCAUGAAGCUAUCGCUGGCUAAUCGCAGCGGAGUCACUAUUAACAGGGCCUUCGAGUUCCUUCCCGGUAGACUAGGAAUUCAGACGCCGGCGGGGGAGCGAGGACCUGCGACAGAGCCGCCGCGCAAAGAGGAGAAGCCAUGCGGUGGCUCCCAGAAGGGAUUUGCUUCCAUCACCAUCACGGCCAGGCGCGUGGGGCCCCCUGCCAGCACCCUGGUGUGGGAGGCUGUCGGGGACCCGCUCUGCAUCAAGUGCAGGGCCCAGGAUGCUCUGCUUGGGGACCCCUCUGCUCUGGCUGGUGGUGCCGAUCCAAGUCGGCACCAUGGACCUUUCACCUGUACAGAAUUCUCCAGAAACAGCUCUGUGAUGGGGCUGAAGGUCCCUGAAGCCCACGCACGGCUGUGUGAGGGACACGAGUACUGGAUCACCAAUGUGGACAGCAGGGAGGACCAUUUUUCUCCAAGCACCCCACGGUCACAGGAGGGAAAGAGCCCGCUGGUGUUCAGCUCCUGUGUCCAUCUCAGAGUGUCUCAGCCGUGUCCAAAUUCCGUCUACUAUCUGGACAGGUCCCUGUCUGUCCCCAUUGAGCCACCUCGACUCGCUGGCCCUAAGAUGCACAGAUCCGUUCUGUCCCUCAACCUAAAUUGCAGUUCACACAGACUGACACCAGAUGGCGUAGAUGGCACAGCUAACGGAGAGCCAAUAAGCAGCGCCUUGAAGCUGGAGCUCACGGAGGGAAACCAGAACCUCCUAGGCCCUCGCUGGAACCUAGGUUUGCAAGAAAGUUUCUUGAAGGAAAACCCAUCGUUGGGGCGGGUACAUUUGGGGACCGCGGGAACCGGCAUGUGUCCUUGGAGAGGCUCUCCUUCACUGGAAAAUACAGCUGCGGGAAGUAACCAGGUCACUGUGAGAAAAGGGAAGGAGGACCACGCAGCUCGUUGUCACACCGGUGGUCAUGGUCACGCCAAGCAACUGUCCAUUCACAUUCCGGGCUGGAGCUACACGGCAGGAGAUUACACGUGCUGUGACUUGGUUGUUAAAAUAAAGGAAUGCAAGAAGAGUGAGCAGCCCACCACGCCCGAGCCCGAGCUAGCACCCACUGAGCCAGAAACCCCCCAGGGACCAGAGACCCACGACCUGCCGGAAGACUGUUCCAAGAGCCUGCAAAUGCCCACAAGCUCCUUGACCUUGCAGGAGGCCCUGGAAGUCCGCAAACCUCAGUUCAUUUCUCGCUCGCAAGAACGUCUGAAGAAGCUAGAACACAUGGUACAGCAGAGAAAAGCCCAGCAGAAGGAGAGCCUGGGCCAGAAGCAGAGUCUCCUUCCUGUCCGCGCCAAUAAGAAGCAGUUCACCGUUCCCCACCCUCUUAGCGAUAACUUGUUCAAACCGAAAGAAAGGUACAUUUCAGAGAAGGAGAUGCAUAUGCGAUCUAAAAGAAUCUAUAAUAACUUGCCGGAAGUUAGAAAGAAAAAAGAAGAACAAAAGAAAAGGGUGAUCUUACAGAGUAACAGACUCCGGGCCGAAGUCUUCAAAAAGCAAUUACUGGACCAGCUCCUUCAAAGGAAUGCAGUCUAACCACAGGCUGCCCUGCUGACCCUCUACCUGGACCUGGGACGACUUCAAACGCUGGAUAAGCCAUUAAACUUAGCAUUAUCUUCAUGACGUGAAAUACUUAUUUUACUUUUGAUUUUUUUUUUUUCAUAAAGGAAAGCAUAGCUUCCCGAAUUGCUGACCCAAACCGAGCAGAAACAAAAACCCUUGAGGAAAUGGAUCAUCAGACCGCAGUGGGGUAAUCAACUCAACUGAACCCACUCGAUACGGUCCCUUCAUUUUUUUUUUUACUUCUGAAUUUUAUCUUUUGCUUCUGGUUUUUCCCCCUACCAUUUCCACUCAGGCAGAAAGGUCUUCUGUGCUCAAGCGGGCUUAGAUCCCUGGGAGCUGGGGGUUUUUUUUUCAUCGAAUUUCUAGGACCUAAAAUACAUCACUUUCAAAAUACCAAUCUCAACUUCUGCCAGUUCUGCAAACUCCAAAUUUGGGAAUAUCACACAGUAUGUUUGCAACCUCUCUGGGUGUGUGUGUCAUGUAAUACUGAAGGCAAACUUUGGAACUAGGCGGGCGCUCUGCCAGGGGCUGGGGACAAGUGACCUGUUUCUUUGUGACCUGGGGUGAUCAGAGCAGCCCUCACUACUCCCACCCUACUCCCAGGACCUGCCUUCGUUUAGCAGAAGAGCCUAUUUCCAUGGAAGCCAUGAGGGCAGAAUUGGCUGAAAAAAGUUGUAGGUAACUUCAGUGUUUUCCGUAAACCGUCCAGCCCCCAGAAAGAGCUGUGUUGCUGAAAAUGGCCUGAUGGCUCCAACUCUAACGUUUGUUCCUCCAAACAAUUACAAUGUCCAUUAUUUAUAAAUGUGCAUUUGGGGAGUGAAGAGCAAUAGCUUUAUCAAAAAUGGAAAUAAAUGCAAUUAUUACAAAAAUUAAAGUAUUGCUCUUUUCCGUGUUCUGUGUUAUGAACCAAGCAGCCAGUACAGAUGGUGCUCAGAGAGAAAUGUCACCAAGGUCCAGUGGGGACCUCUGACCUGCGCCUGUGCCACCGCCUUCUGACCAUCACAGCCCCCAGGUCAGGGCCCUUGUUCUUCCCGAGGCCUGGGGAGAAGGUUUUCCCCAGAGAGCUGGCCUGAGAGGUGUCGGGAUGUUGUUGAGAGCAAGGUUAGGAUCCUGAGGUCCCCACAUCUCACCAGGAAUCUCCCCGGGAAUGAGAAGGCGGUUUAGGGGAUUAGGCAGGAGCCCUGGUGACACUUCUGUCCCUUUCCCUCCUCCCACGGCUGCAUACACCAUCCCCUCUUCCUGGAAUGCCUUUCCUCUGCGUAUCUGCUGGAAAACUAUUUGAAAGCUCAGCCUGAGUUCUCUCCUGUCGCGUCUCCUCUGCCCUGCCCUCGGUAUGGAUGGGCACUUCACUCUGGGUGCACGUGGCAUCAGAACCUGUGCCGUGUUGCCCAGCAAGAUGAUCUGACCACAUGCCAACUGUGAGUGGAGACUCCGGAUUCAUGUCCUGGCUGCACUGCGGCCUGCUCUGUGGCUGUAGGCAAGGGUAUCAGUCUGGACCCCUUCAGGAGAGCGGAACCUCACAGCGACAUGAACAGGGAAGUUUAAUGUACAUGGUUAUAAACCAUAAGAGAGGAUUGGAGCGAUGCGGGAUUGGCUACUGAGCAGUAAAGAGAACAGGUGGGAAUAGCAGUUAAAGGAGCAGGGCUGCCCUGAGGACAGGUACUCCCCGGGCUCCUGGGCCAAGAUCUAGAUAUUGUUGGAAACUGUCUCCUCGGAGGCACUCUGCUACAGCACCACCUGAGGGAGGUGCUGGCGUAGGCAGCUGGCCACCGAGUGCCGCCGGUAGCUUGACCUGCAGGAACCGCGUGGGUGGAUGGGGGGGUGCACGUUUGCAGGGACCUUGAGCCACUGUCCCUGGUGUGGGAACCGUGCCCUUCUCCUCCUGCAGUGUCUCCCCCGCUCCCUCUACUGGCAAAGCAUGGCAGUGUGCCAGCAGGUAGAGGGGAAACAUGGCAAGGGCCUGGAUCCAUUUUAACAGAGAAGGCAAAAAGGCUGCCUUUGGAGGUGUGGGAUGAUAAACUGACUGGUGUGGCCAGUUAUUUAACCUUGCCUCAGUUUGCUUAUCUAUCAAAUGGAGAUAGGUUUGUUAUAGGAAUGGAAUAAGUGUGAGCUGAGUGCUUAGAAGGGUACCUGGCCCAAAGCAAAUAGCCUGAGUGUGUCCUGUCAUAGGUACAUAGACGUGGAAGUAGAGUGUCCUGAUAAACCCUGAGCACAGAGCCAGCAGUUGUUCAUUCUCAUAACCCCUCAGCUUGGCACUGAGAAGGUGCACCAAAAAGACCGUUGAAUUUGUAGACGUUGCUACAGCAAAAAUCAGUCGUACAAACCGGACGCUUUGCAAAGUGUUGUCUCUCAAGCUCUUCUCACUCUUAGAGACAAUUUCAACAGCAUGGUUAGGCUUGCCCUUAAGCUUAAUUCGGCUUUUGUGAAGUUACUAGGCCUCUUCCGGAUUUUUUUUUUUCACCGAAUCUGAUAUUAGUUUAGGGCAGUCUUUCUUGGGUAGCUGUCCUGCCACACCUUUUUCUUAUUUUUCUUUAAUAUCUUCAGAGAGUUUCCAAAGCUUUCCCUAACCAAUAAUUUAAAUUCAGGGCCCACCACUUCUAGACAGUUCUGUGACACUUUCUAAAAAGUGGAUUUAUGUGAGCUAACAUCUGAAUAUCUCAGAAUGCCUCAACGGAGCCAGCUUUCAACAGUGUCCACGAAGGGCUUCCCCCUCUUUGCAGACCUGAUGCCAAGUGUUUAAAUCAAAAAGCCCACCUGAGAUUAAAUGCCACUGAAUAAUGUAUUUCUUAGGCCGGUCUUAGCUAAGGUGCCUGAAGUAAAUAGUGGGUAGGAAUCUACGCUGUCUGGCUUGAGCCAGGCUUCCCUCUGGACAGCCAGCUCAGGACAAGGCUGAACAUUAAAGUUUUGGUUUCCGCUCGACUGAUUUCUUCUCUAUUACUGUAGUUGUUGUUUUUUUUGUUUUUGAAUGCUGAUGAGUGAAUUUCAGGUAUCCAGCAUUUCUUUUCUGUUAUAAUGAGGUUGUAACAGAAAUAUAAUAAUGUUAUAAUAAAUAUGGAAGUAAAGGUUUGAAUCAUAAUAGCUGUCCCUCUAGUUCUGUCAGGAAUUGGUCACCCACGUGCUGGAUUCUCGUAUUAAAAUCAGCCUUCGGGAAAGACUAGGGUUUUGAAAUUCUAAGUAGAAUUUAUCAUUGUAACUUCAA